CGGCGCCGAUUGGUGGUUGCUGAGGCCCGCCCCAUAGCGACGCGCGCUUCCCUCCGCGCGUGCUUCCGGCCCGCGACCCCGCAGCAUGGCCGAGGAGGAGUCGCUGGGCUUCCGAGACUUCGGGCUCGACCCGCGGAUCCUGCAGGCCGUCGCCGACCUGGGCUGGGAGCGCCCCACGCCGAUCCAGGAGAAGGCGGUGCCGCUGGCCCUGGACGGGAAGGACCUGCUGGCGCGCGCGCGCACGGGCUCGGGGAAGACGGCGGCCUACGCGCUGCCGCUGCUGCAGCGGCUGCUCCUGCUGAAGGCGACAGGCCCAGCUGUCGAACAGGCAGUGAGAGGCCUUAUCCUCGUGCCCACCAAAGAACUGGCCCAGCAGGCCCAGACCAUGGUCCAGCAGCUCACGACCUACUGUGCCCGCGAUAUCCGGGUGGCCAACAUCUCGGCCAGUGAAGCCUCAGCUUCGCAGAGGGCUGUGCUCAUGGAGAAGCCAGACGUGGUGGUUGGGACCCCCUCUCGCGUGCUUCACCACCUGCAGCAGGACAAUCUGAAGCUCCGUGACUCCCUGGAGCUGCUGGUCAUGGACGAGGCGGACCUUCUCUUCUCCUUUGGGUUUGAAGAGGAGCUUAAGAGUCUUCUUUGCCACCUGCCCCGCAUUUAUCAGGCGUUUCUCAUGUCAGCCACUUUCAAUGAGGAUGUUCAGGCACUCAAGGAGCUUGUUCUGCACAACCCGGUCACCCUCAAAUUGCAGGAAUCGCAGCUCCCCGGGCCAGACCAGUUAGAACAGUUUCAGGUGGUUUGCGAGACGGAGGAAGAUAAGUUCCUCCUGCUGUACGCACUGCUCAAGCUGUCGCUGAUUCGGGGCAAGUCUCUCCUCUUUGUCAACACGCUGGAGCGCAGUUACCGGCUGCGCCUGUUCCUCGAGCAGUUCAGCAUCCCCAGCUGCGUGCUCAAUGGCGAGCUCCCGCUGCGCUCCAGGUGUCACAUCAUCUCCCAGUUCAACCAGGGCUUCUACGACUGUGUCAUUGCCACGGACGCUGAGGUCCUGGGUGCCACCAUCAAGGGCAAGCGUCGUAGCAAAGGACCAAAGGGAGACCAAGCCUCCGGUGACCCCGAGGCCGGAGUGGCCCGGGGCAUCGACUUUCACCACGUGAGUGCCGUGCUCAACUUUGACCUGCCCCCAACCCCCGAAGCCUACAUCCACCGCGCGGGCAGGACUGCGCGCGCCAACAACCCAGGCACCGUGCUGACCUUCGUGUUACCUGCCGAGCAGUCGCACCUGGGCAGGAUGGAGGCGCUUCUGGGUGGAGAGCCCGGGACACCGCUCCUGCUCCCCUACCAGUUCCGCAUGGAGGAGAUAGAGGGCUUCCGCUACCGCUGUAGGGAUGCCAUGCGCUCAGUCACCAAACAAGCCGUGCGGGAGGCCAGGCUGAAAGAGAUCAAGGACGAGCUGCUCCACUCCGAGAAGCUCAAGACCUACUUUGAGGACAACCCCAGGGACCUGCAGCUGCUGCGUCACGACCUACCCCUGCACCCCGCCGUGGUGAAGCCUCACCUAGGCAAUGUGCCUGACUACCUGGUUCCUUCUGCUCUUCGUGGCUUCGUCCACCCUCACAAGAAGCGGAAGAAGCCAUCCUCCUCUAAAAAGACCAAGAAGAAGACUCAGAACCCGCUGCGUAGCUUCAAGCACAGAGCGAGACCCAGACCUGCAGUGAAAACUUCGUGAGCACCAGGCAGCCAUCACUGUCUGCCAGGCUUCCUGGAUGAGGAGACUGCAGGGGAGAGUGGAGUCAGCCCUGGACAGGGCCAUAGUCCCACCCCCUAGAGACUCGAUUUGGGGCUGGACAGAGCUGUGGGUCACGGUCCUGCCAGGUGGACAUUUUGCACCUCGAACGGAAUAAAGAUUCU